AUGGUCGAUGCAAGGUUGCUAGGUGGUGUCAAUGUGUGGAAGGUCGAUCCCCGCCAUUGGCGAUUGUCUUCCGCGUCGGAUGAAGAUUUCGUUGAGAUGGGGAACACCGGGUAUCAUGACGAUCAGCCGUUCUACAUACUUGAAACGUUCAUCUUCGAUGGUCCAUCUCAGGAAGCGCCUCUCUCCACGUCUUAUGAUGCUCCGGGGACCACUGGUGUGUACUGCGGUACGAUCACGUCAAUUGAAAGAAUUGCCAGUAUUCCUCUGUUGCUCGGGAACAGUGACAUUUCUUGGAUCUCGAAAUCUUACGACGCUCCGAGGAUCGCAGCAGGCGGCAAUAUGAUUGAAUGCAUCAUCUUCGACAUGGUCCAGGAACCGCGACUAUCGUUCCUCCAUCUGGUUCGGGAACAGUGCUUAAUCUUCCACCUCCAAGCCAAGUCUUAUGAUGCUCCGGGGAUCACUGUAGACUUCCCUGUGAUCCCGAUUGUGGCUGCUGUGGAAGAACAUACACAUGUAGUUUGUUCGGG